AUGGCGCGGAAUGUCUUCGCAGUUGGGCAUGGGCAGCACGGCGGCGAGCGGUUCGAGGGCGCAAUUCCAGGUGGCUGCGGGAUCUACCGGAAUGUUGGCGGCGGCAAGGGCGGCUGCGGCUACGGCAUGGUGGUGCUGAUGCGCGACGACGACAUGGGCGGCCACCGUGAUGGGUGUGGCGGUGGCGGCAUGGGCGGCACGGGCGGCGUUGGCGGCAUGGGUGGGCGCGGUUUCACCGCCGCGCCGAUCUCCGUGGCGCGCCCCGCGAUGGCGAUGGACGGCAGCAACUCGCAGUUCACGGGCGGCAUGGGCGGCAUGGGCGGCAACGGGGUGCACGGCGCGGGUGGCAUGGGCGGCGACGGUAUGGCCAGCCUCCAGCCGAAGGCGAAGGCCAUGCCCAUGCUCGCCGCCCCGAUGACCGCGAAGUCAGUCCAACAGAAGCUCCAGAGCGGUCAGCUGGACCAGGGCGACUACGAUGACACUCUUGACAGCUACGAGAAGGGCAUGCGAGGCGAGGCGCAGCGGUCAAGACGGAGGGAGCAACACGAAAGCGGCGCUCGUCGCAUGGUUCAGGCGACUCAGGGGAAGGAGCUCGGCAUAUCUAAGAAUAUUGGCGUUUUCUGGCCGAAGCUAAUGUGGAACGAGUACGCUGAGCAGCACUCCCUGCCAGAGUGCCACCCCAAGGAGUUGCAGCGCUUGCCGACUUCCGACGGCAUGAUUCUCGGCGCUGUUCGGGACAAGUCGUACGGGGAGCCCAUCGGCACCUACGCGUUGACGGACGAGCUCGUGAACGAGCUCAGGAUGGUUGGCAACAUCGCCGACUCGAAGCACAUGGACCAAGAAGACGUCGACGAAGUUUGGAAUGCCGCCAAGAAGCGCAAACUUGCAAGGCAUAGCCAUGUCAACAUCGGCACAUCUGAGGCCCCCGUAUUGGCAAACAAACUCAACAUGUCCACGAGGAAAGGUGACGAUUUUAGCAUGCUGGACGCCCUCUUUGAGCCUGCGUCGGACGGGCCAUCAUUUUCCCAGUCCCUGGCGCCUGCGUCUUCCACCGGAGUUCGGGCGCCCGCGUCGGGUGCAGGCGCCGGGCAGUUGAACGCCAGUGAGGCCGUGGCGCUGACAGCCACGCAGUACAUCCGCGCCCUGAGCGACCGCGAGCUCUACGGCGGCGUGGGCAACAUCCAGGCUGAGUCCAAGAAGCAGCUUGACGCGGUCCAGAAGCGCUUAGGCCCAGGUAUGGCUGCAAUCUACAGUGCUGGCAUGGUGCCUGGUGAGGCGGACUCGGACUCGCACGGCAUGCGCAUCUUCUCGGACCUCAAAGGGUUGGAGUCCAAGCUGCAGUCGGUGAUGGAGUACGCCUUGCGCUCGGACGCGCUUCCGCCAGACGCGGGCGCAGUGGCCUCCGCCAUCGCGGAGGUGGUGCACGCGGCGUUGAACGGCGCGACGUUCGGGGCGCCUGAGUACGUUGCCUUGCUGGACCCUGAUGGGGGCCCAAUGAUUUGCAGCCAUGGGAUUAACGCGAUGCCCGAGACAGUUCAGGAGACCACCCAGCGCAAGCGCAUCUGCAGUGACCUUGAUGCCCUGAUGAGUGAGAAAGGCAAUAUGAAGAAUGUUAUCAGCUUCCUCACUUCCAUUGACACAUUGAGGAUUCUCGCCGACGGCUUGAGGGUGGAGCUCGAUGAUUUGGAGAAGCUCGCGCUGGCGAGUAUUGGUGAAGGCGGGCCGAUGGAGCUGCCUGAGUUGAAGGCGCUGCAGAGCAGGAAGCGGACUUACGUGGGGUACAUGUUGGGUGCGCGGGCCACGGGGCUGCACAUCGCGCAGACGGUCGGGAAUGCGAUUCUCCAGAUGCUCGCUGAUACCCAGGGCGCCUCGGAACUGAACGCGGCCAUGCAGUUGAUUGGCGAGAUUGGCAAGGGGGCGAAGCUCAACGAUGGCGCCCUCGCGCUGCAAAAGGCCAAGCAGUGGAAGGGCCUGUUCGCACACCUUUGUAAGUUCGAUGCCAGCGAGGACCCGUUCAAGCAGGCGAACAAGGUUAAUAUUGCCAAUGUUCGGGGCCACGUGGACUUGGCAGUCGAGCUACUGGCCGAUGCGUUCGUACAGGCUGUCCAUGGUGCCCUGGGACCAGCGGUGGAUACCUUGAAGGCGCAGCUGGCCUCCCAUAGCGUCGGCAAGGAAUGCGCGGCCGCGUCGCUGAUUGGCAGUGGCUCGCCCGCUGAGGUCACCGCGAAGACUUCGGCUGAGAUUGGCAAGCAGUUGGCGGCCGUUGCGAGGGAUGACGACCCCAGAGUGCUCCGCAUCAAGGAGCAGACAGAGUCCUUGGAGGCCUUGACCGCCCACUUGAGCAACCACUUUCCGCCCUUCACCGCCGCGGACAGCAAGGGCAAGUGCGACGUGGCAUCGUCGACCUUCCAACCGUUUCGGGAGUAUCUGUUUCGGUGCGCCCCUGUCGGGGACGAUGCUUUCCCAUUCGUCGCUGACUUUGUGCGCGAGCUCCAGGGGCACGUGUUAGACACCGUGCGAGCGAAGCUGUCUCAGAGCCACGCCGCUGCGCCCCUCGCCUCGUGGAGGUCUGACCUCGACGAAAUUGGUGCCAACGAUGCCAAGUGGAAGGAUUUCGUUCAGUACCUCAAGAUGCAGCUGGCGAUCGACGACGAAAUAUUCUUUUCGAGUUUGGUGGAAUGGCUCCCUGCUGACUUCACGCAGGCAACUCUCGCAUUGGAAACCAAGGAGCAGAAGGUUCGGGGGGCGACCAACGUCUUUCAUGUGGUUUCGUUCCCCAGGAUGGUCGCGGUCGCCAAGGCCUCUGACAUGAAGUGCCAGGACGCGCGCAUCAUCAGCGACGGCCUCGUCGAGGAGUGCACCGAGCGCUGGCAGCGCAGGAUCGGGUUCGCGAAGGGGGCGGCGGAGCUCGCGGCGCUCGCCGAGCGCAUGUCGGAGAAAGGCGUUCGAGCCCCGCUGGUGCGAUCUGCAGCGGAUGCCUUCACCAAAAUGCGAGAGGCGCUGGACUCGGCCACGGUCGAUGCGUGCUCGCAGUUCGUUGGGGGCUCCACCGCAGCCUGGGCGGCCAAGUGGAAUGCCAAUGAGGGGUUCGUCGCCAUGUACGCAUCGGCCUGCAAGAAGGAGCCCACGGAUGCGGACCACCCCAAGAUGCUUACUGCCUUCUCGACCCCCGAGGCAGCGGAGCUUUACAGCUCGUACAAAACCAUCCUCAAUAUGACGAACAACGUCGUGGAUCUCGUGGGCCGCCUAGCGGGGAAGCCAGUGGCCGACCUGGGGGGCGGAGCGGCCGCCCAUGGGCCAUGGGGGAGCAAGGCCGUGGAGUGGAUCGACUCGCUAGUUGCCUCGCAGGACUCCUUCUGGGCGGCGCUGGCGCAGACGAACGUGUCGGACGGCGGCGCGGCGCUGGACAAGUGGGAGGAGCGCUCCCGCCUGUCGUACCUGGCCUCCCUCGGCGUCGCGAGCCUGGCCAGGGACGAGGCGCUGCUGCGGUUCCUGUCCGACUCGCUCGCGAGCGUGCCGCUGCCCGCCCCGUGGGUCAUGUGCAAGGACCUGGACGGCAGGGUGUUCUUCGCGAACGCCGUGACGCGGAUGAUCACUUGGAGUCACCCCUUGGAGCAGCCGCUCAAGGAGCUCGCGGGCUUCUGCCACAUGUGCCUCAAGCAGCCGCCGGACGCCCUCGAGUCGUGGAUCGCCAACGCGCUCGGCAGGUGGGAGGGCGAGGCCGUGGCGGUGUACGAGAACUGGUUCGCCGUCCGCCACGAGAGCGGCCGGGCCUACUACUGCCACAGGCAGACCGGGGCGUCCAUGUGGGAGAACCCCGCGCAGGUGUUUCUUCCGGGACACUACCUCAAGAUCGCGUCCGUCAAAAGGUUGCGAGACGAGGAGGGCUUGAUCGGCGCGCUCCGCCGCACGGCGGCACCCGACGGGGCACCGCCCGAGGCGGCCGAGAGGCCAGGCCGGGACCACGAGCGCUUCUACAGCCCAAGCCUCACGGCAGCCGCGGCAGCAGCGCCGAGCCUGGCGCAGCCCCCCCGGCGAGCGGCGCCCCCGCUGUCGAG